AUGCUCUACGUUUCAACAAAAUCUAACCUAUAAUUGUAUCAAAAAUUUCUGUUCUUUGAAACGAAAUGAUAUUGCGGAAUGUGUCAAUGAUUUUUCAUUUUAUUCGACCGAUCCAGCCACUCAACAAAUCGGGUUCCGCGAUGGAAAACUGUGCUUCUUUUAUAUUGCAGUUUUGAGCAAUCCUAGAGAAACAAUUGAUGAUAUUGGAUACAAUUAUGAUGUUAUUUUGAAUAGCAUAACAGCAACACCUACAAAUGAGAAUACAGUAUGUUUCAUAU